AUGUCGAUCAUACGAUUUUUGUUACGACCAUUACAACAAUCACCUAUUCGUUGUUCAUCGACAUUAAAUCAAGUUAUUGAUAAACGUUUAAAUCCUGAACUUGAUUCUAUUCGACAAGCAGGUACAUGGAAAGCAGAACGAAUUAUUUCAACAAGUCAAAGUGCACAUAUUAAAGUUGAACAUUCAACAAAUGAUCUUUUAAAUUUUUGUGCAAAUAAUUAUUUGGGUUUAGCAAAUAAUAGUGAAAUAAUAAAAGCAGCUAAAAAUGCUCUUGAUGAAUAUGGAGCUGGUCUAAGCUCAGUACGAUUUAUUUGUGGUACACAAACAAUACAUAAACAACUUGAACAACGUAUUGCAAAAUUUCAUCAACGAGAAGAUGCCAUUCUUUAUAUAUCGUGUUUUGACGCUAAUGCAGGAAUUUUUGAAACAUUACUUAAAGAACAAGAUUACAUUAUUAGUGAUGAAUUAAAUCAUGCAUCAAUUAUUGAUGGUAUUCGUUUAUCUAAAGCUAAACGAUUACGUUAUAAACAUAAAGAUAUGUCUGAUCUUGAAUUAAAAUUAAAAGAAAGUCUUAGUGACAAAAAUGAAAAUAUAAUUCGAUUAAUUGCUACUGAUGGAGUUUUUUCAAUGGAUGGAACAAUUGCACCAUUACCUGAUAUUGGACGUUUAGCAGAUAAAUAUAAAGCAUUAAUUUUUGUUGAUGAAUGUCAUGCAACUGGAUUUUUUGGACCAACAGGUCGUGGUACAGAAGAACAUUUUCAAAUGAUUGGAAAUAUUGAUAUUAUUAAUUCAACAUUAGGAAAAGCACUUGGUGGAGCUGCUGGAGGAUAUACAACUGGACCAAAAGCACUUAUUGAUCUUUUAAGACAACGUUCAAGACCAUAUCUUUUUUCAAAUACACUUCCUCCUCCUAUUGUAGCUAGUGCUAUGAAAGCUAUUGAUUUAAUUGAAAACGACUCUAGUUUACCUGGUCGAGUACUUGAAAAUGCUAAAUAUUUUCGUACAGAAAUGCAAGCAUUGGGUUUUAAAAUUUUAGGUGAUAAUCAUCCAAUUUGUCCAGUAAUGCUUGGUGACGCUCGAUUAGCAAGUCAAUUUGCUGAUGAAAUGCUUAAACGAGGAAUUUAUGUUAUUGGAUUUAGUUAUCCUGUGGUACCAAAAGAUCGUGCUCGUAUUCGUGUACAAGUAUCAGCUGCUCAUUCAAAAGCUGAUCUUAAACGAUGUAUUGAUGCAUUUGCUCAAGUUGGUCGACAACUUAAAGUUAUCCAAUAA